AUGACUCAUAAUUCCGAGCUCUCUCUGUGGCAUUUGGGGAAGGAUUGCAGUACUCUUGUAGUACGCGACUGUUUAUUGGACAAAACAAGUGACGUGUGUCGUGAUCGUUCAGCUACCACGGCACAACAGCAGGAGGAAGCUUCCUGCUGGGUAACCGUGGAGCAGAGUCCAUUCGUCCUCGGCCUCACGAGCGAGAACGGAGAGCUGCUGCUCGACGAGUGCGUUCAGGUCACUGAGGGCUCCAAGACCAAAGACAGACAUCUGUUCCUCUUCAGCGAUGUCAUUGUUUUUGCUAAGCUCAAGUCGAAUGCCAGCUACCGACUGAAGCACAGGGUGAGCCUCGAGGACAUCUGGCUUUGCGGUUUUGAAGAUGAAGAGGACGAGGAGGGAAUGACGGGGGAUAUCGACUUCAGGGUGACCCUCGUCUUAGCCUGGGCUCUCACUUUUUGUUUGGUGUGUUUCCGGUGAGCACACACUCAUAACUCACACGUGAUGAGUCACAUACAACAGCUCGUUAGGUGUUGUGAUUCCAUACAUAUACGUGGUUGUGAGUACAUUUUUUUAGUGUUCUUCAUGUGUAAGAAAGAUCUGCACCACCUGCUAGCCUGCUAUCGUUAUCCAUACCAGUAUUAAAGUAUAUGAAAGAAAGGGAUUAUCCAAGUUUGCCGAGUUAUUCCUUUGUUCCUGUUGUUCUUUUGACGCUCCUGGCAAGCCAUAGAUGAAAUUUCAUCCAGAAACUCAAACAGAGGGAUCAAAGUGCAGAGAAGCCUGCUUCUUGUUGGAGAAGUGACCAUUAAAUUCAGUGUGUGAUAGCCAGCCGGUCACCUCAAGUCACUAUUUAUUCACAUCACAGUUUACAAGACAGCUGUGACUGUUGUGGGCUUUUGAAAAGGAAUAACCUUUCAGUGCAUGUUUGCGCAUGUUAAUUUUCACAAAACAGAGAGCAAGACCUAAUCACCAUAUUGCCAGCCAAACUUAUUAGAUUCUCGUGGCUGUUUUCCUGAAUUGUCCAUCU